UAUUCCUCAGUCCGUUUUGAUCCGUUUUGUUGUCGUAUGAGUAAACGUUUAAUCAUUGAGUUGUUUUUAAAACAGACUUUUAGUGAAACUCCCUUAGUUCCACAAAUCACUCGCUCUGAUCCGUAAAUCGAGGUGCAAGUAUGCUGUGGGAUUUGCGAAUCCACCCCGCAGAGAUCCGCGACGAGUAAAAACUGCCGGAGCACCAUCGUGAUUAAGCUUCAAAUUGAGAUAAUAUCUCUCUGUUAAAUGGUGAUUGUCGAUGCCAUGGAAAGAAGGAUAAAACUGAAAACUCUGAACAGUCACAUAACGUGUAAGAUAUGCCGCGGAUAUUUAAUUGACGCCACUACUGUUACCGAAUGUUUACAUACAUUCUGCAAGAGUUGUUUGGUAAAGCAUCUAGAGGAAAAGCAUACCUGUCCGACAUGUCAAAUUGUCAUACAUCAGUCUCAUCCACUCCAGUACAUCAGCUUCGACAGAACUAUGCAGGAUAUUGUCUACAAAUUAGUUCCUGAUCUCCAAGAAAAUGAAAUCAAAAGAGAAAGAGAAUUUUACAGAGCCAGAGGUUUGCCUUGUCCUAAAGAUAUUUUGCCCAAUGCUGGAGAAGUUGAAGAGGAAAAAGCAAAUGCGGAUGCACAUGCAGAAUCAGAUUAUCAUCGUACUGAUGAACAGGUUAACGUAUGUUUGGAGUGUACAAACUCAAGUUUGAAGAUUCUGAAGAGACGAUUUAUCAGGUGUUCAGCUCAGGCUACGAUAACGCAUAUGAAAAAAUUUAUUGCUAAAAAAGCUUUGAAUGGCAUGGAAAAAUAUAGAGAUAUCGAUAUUUUGUGCAAUAACGAAUUAUUAGGUAAAGACCACACAUUGAAGUUCGUUUAUGUGACAAGAUGGAGGUUCCGGGACCCACCCUUGAGAUAUUCAAGUGCCACUGCAUUGUGUACAGAUUCGAUGCCUACGCAUUAAGUUUCGGCGGACCAUCUUUUCUCCUAAUACGCAGAAUCUUAGUGGACGAGUGAGACUUUCUAUAUUUUACGACGCGAGAUAAAGCCACGGGGAUCUUCAUUUUAUGAAAUCGUAUAUUCUUUUUAUAAGCACAUACCCCAUCUUUGUACAUAGAAUAUUUUUGACAGAACGCAAACAGCAUUGUAUGUAGAGAGACGCAAGCUUUGUAUUAGGUAAACAAAAGAAAUCGGGUCUGAAUAGUCAGGUCUUUUUAACUUUGUAUAUUUAUGCGCCGCGGCCGUACAUAUUCUAAUUGCGUCUCAAAUUUCUCUCGAUAUCGGAUCGCGAUUGG